AUGUCUGGCUAUUCACGCCACAAUCCAGGGCACGAUCCUUAUAUCGAUUAUGCUGCUCAAUCCGAAGAACAUCCAGAGCGCGUUUACGGGUCGCAUCACCCAGAGCUCCAGCAAGUUGGUGCGCAAAGUCUCGAAUCCCUUCAACUGGGAGGGCAUCAUCAACAGCAACAGCAACAACAUCACCACCACCACCAAGUAUUGCUAGAUUCACACGGCAUGGCCCACCAUCAGUCUCCUCAAUAUGGAGGUGGGCAACACAUCGGGUAUAUGGGUGCGCAAAUACAACAACCAUCUAGUGUAGGAAAAAGGCCAAGAACUCAUGACGACUUGGAAAUUGGGAUGGGAAGGGUGUCAGAAGGCCAAAUGCAUGGGCAGAUGCAAGGCAUGUCUUCACAAAUGGCUCAACAAACGAUGGGUGGUUAUGGUGGUGGCCCUCAGGCUUUUCACAGUCAUGCAUUGCCUAAUCAAGGACCUCGAGGUACAAAGAUUCCUCGUCUUGGCGAAGGUCCGGAUUCAAGUAUGAUGUCGCAAGGUGCACCUAGUGUAGUUGGCACUGCCGGAAUGCCGAUGCCUGCAGAAAGACCGCGAGGUCCAAAGUUAAAGUUCACCCCCGAGGAUGAUCAGUUACUAGUAGAUUUGAAAGAGAAUAAGGCUUUGACUUGGAAGCAAAUUGCGGAGUUUUUCCCAGGGCGCUCUUCAGGGACAUUACAGGUCCGCUACUGCACAAAAUUGAAGGCUAAGACAACUCAAUGGACUGACGAGACGAUGCAUCCCGAUGAUUCCGAAUUACAAUCUCCAGAACCUGAAAAUCUACCCGAAGAUUCAGAAUAUUAA